CUGCUUUCCGGCACCAUUUUUGUGCACAUGUGCAUCAUCGUAGCGUUCCUCCGUUGGGAAAUGCAUCCUACGGCUUCGGUCUGUGCUUUGAAGGGUGGGGAGUGGACGUGGGGGACGUGCACCAGCGAGGGAGCAGGUUAGAGCCUGAGCUUUGGGGAUGAAAUGCCAGUUCCCACUAGGUGGGAAGGUUGGUUCCUUCUCCUGUGGCCGUCCCACAAGUGAAGAUGCCAACCCAAGAUGUCAACGCCCGUAGGAGAGACGAACCUCAGUGCCCAAGAGAUGGACGUUAAAGUCCAAGCCUUGCUAGAGGGCAAUUCAUCCCUUCCUAAAAUGAAUAUCUAAAAGAGAUUAGAGCUUCUCUCCACUGCUCCUCCUUCCUCCACCCAUGCUGAGACCUUUUAUACAUUCACUCCACCGCAGGCAGCAAGGGGACGAGGAACAAGAGAGGCUGGAGGCCAUGGCCUCCGGUUCAUCUAGACCAAGGGAAGGAGGAGAAGAAAGCACCCACCGCACCAUCCUGCAGCAUCGGCCAGACCCUGAGCGUCUGGGCUGCGACCCCGCCGGCUGCGGAGCCGGCACAACCCGAUCCUGGCUGGAGCGAGGAAGGCUUGGAGAUGCUGAGGCCGUCGGCCACCGAAGCCGGCUCAGGAAAGGGCAUUUCCAGCCAAAACUGCAUUUGGAGCAUUUAGAGGAGAAGCUGAAGCUCUUGGGUCUGGAAGGAGACAGGGAGGAGAAGGAGCAGCUCUGCUCCUGGCGCAAGAGGACGUUUGCCUUCAAGGGUGGUGCAAAAGCAUCCAGCUCCAGCCGUGAUGGACCAAGGGUUCAUGGAGGUCCCGCUACAGCCUACGUAGAGGAAUCUGCCCAAGACGACAAGGAGCAAAUAUACAGUGACCUAGAGAAACUCAAGAAACGAAGGGAAGAGAUUUUGGAACUGAAAAUAAGUGGAGAGAGACAAUGUCAGGACUAUUUGAUGCAGACGGAGGUUGAGAGGCAGAAGAUUGUGUCCGAAUUUCGGCAGCUGCGCCGGUUUCUGAAGGACCAAGAGCUUGUCCUCCUGGCUCGGCUGGGAGAGCUGGACAAAGAGAUGAUGAGGAGGCAGGAGGAAGAGGAGAUCAAGAUGUCAGGGGAGAUUUCAGUCCUCGAUGUCCUGAUCUGCGAGAUGGAGAAGAUGCUUGAGGAACCUGCGAGCAGAUUCCUCCAGGAUGCCCGAAGCACCGUGGACAGGUGGGAGAUGGGCAGCGCUCGGAGGAUGAUGGAGACCUUCUCGGACCUGGAGCGGAGGCUCCGUGUCAUUUCUCGACAAAACGAUGUCCUCAGAGAGACGCUGGGGAGAUUUCAAGACAUUUUGCCAUCUGAACUGGAGAAAGAGCAAGGACCAUCUCUAGGAGGAGAUGGAAAAGCAUUUGUGACUCUGGACCCUGACACCGCCAACGGCCGGCUUGUCCUGUCCCGGGACCGGCGAGGGGUGAGAUGGAUGGAUGCGGGACAGGAUCUGCCCACCACCCCCGAGCGAUUCGAUGCCUCCUGCUGCGUGCUGGGCUGCCAGGGCUUCACCGCAGGGACCCACUGCUGGGAGGUGGAGGUGGCCGGAGGAAGGACCUGGGCACUGGGGGUGGCCCGACGCUCCCUCCUGAGGAAGGGCUGGCUUGAGUUUCGGCCAGAGAAGGGGAUCUGGGCGCUGGGGUGGUGCGGGAAUCGGUACCGUGCCUUCACCUCCCCCAUCACCACCUUCCCCUUCACCGGGAGAACUGGGAAGGUGCGGGUGACUCUGGCCUAUGGAGUGGGGCAAGUGGCAUUUUACUUUGCUGAGCGUGACCCCCCUAUUUUUACGUUCCAAAAAGCCUCGUUCGGGGGGGAAAGCGUCUUCCCUUUCUUCUGGGUUGGGAGAGGCUCCCACCUCCGCCUCUGCCCAUGAGCUCUCCCUGCCCUUGCCCAGUCCAGCUUUUGGGGGGUGUUUUCUGCUUGUUGUACACCUUUUUCCCCUUUUUUAUUUAUGACAUGGCAGGAGAAUCUCUUCUAGCAGAACUUGGUGGGUAAAAAAAAACCAAAAACCAACAAAUUGGAAUUUUGUU